GCCGCCGGGUCUCCGGCCUCGAGGGCUCGGGCUCGCUGCGGCGGCGGUGGCCGCGAGGAGAGGCGGCGGGGGCGGGGGGAGAGGAGGGCCCGGGCCCGCGCUCCCCCAGCCCCGCAGAAGCAGGCGGCGGCUGCCGACCCAGAGGCUCGCCUGGACGGCCAGACACCGCUGCCUUCCGCUCCUGGGAUCAUGACCCAGGCGGGGGUCGCCGCCACUGCGGCCCGGAGCGCGUCCCCGGCGGUAAGAAGAGAACAUAACCUAUAGAGGCCGUCUUUUGGCAGAAGAUGGUAGAUUUGAACCAGAAAGAGGAGGACUUGGAAGCUAGGAAUCCAAAGUGAAGAAACUCUGCGAGCCCUUGGGUUCCUAUUACUGCCACCAUGCCAGAAAUGACAGAGCAUGAGACGCCAACGAAAAAACAGCACAGAAAGAAGAACCGGGAGACACACAAUGCAGUGGAGAGGCACAGAAAGAAGAAAAUCAAUGCUGGGAUAAACAGAAUAGGAGAACUGAUCCCGUGUUCCCCUGCUCUGAAACAGAGCAAGAACAUGAUCCUGGACCAAGCCUUUAAGUAUAUAACAGAAUUGAAGCGGCAAAAUGAUGAACUCCUGCUUAAUGGAGGGAACAGUGAACAAGCUGAAGAAAUUAAAAAGCUACGAAAACAACUGGAAGAAAUCCAAAAAGAAAAUGGCCGAUAUAUUGAAUUAUUGAAAGCAAAUGACAUAUGUUUAUAUGAUGACCCCACAAUCCACUGGAAAGGAAAUCUGAAAAACUCAAAGGUGUCGGUUGUUAUUCCGAGUGACCAGGUCCAGAAAAACAUCAUUGUUUAUUCCAAUGGGAGCCAGCCUGGAGGAAACAGCCAGGGGACAGCCGUUCAGGGAAUAACCUUUAAUGUUGGUCACAGCUUGCAAAAGCAGACCGCCAAUGUGGUGCCAGUGCAGAGGACCUGCAAGCUUGUGACUCCUGUGUCUAUUUCUGGAGUUUACCCUUCUGAAAACAAGCCGUGGCAUCAGACUACAGUGUCUGCGCUGGCUGCCAACCAGCCUGUUCCCCUUUGUCUUCCCGCUGCCAUUUCUGCUCAAAAUAUUCUCGAACUUUCUACUUCUGAAAGCCAACCAAGUGUGCUUGGUGCCAGUGGUGGCUCACUGAUCACUGUUUCAGUUGGUCCUGACCCUCACCAACAUCGUUCCUUGCACACAUGCCUAAAUGAUCAAAAUGCUUCAGAAAAUAGCAAUGGGCAAGAGAGCCCUAAAUCAUCAAAGCAAACAGUUGUGUGUGUCACAAGCACCUCCUCCAGCAGCUCAGCAACUGCCUCUAAAGUGCAUCAUGGAACCAGAUCUGGCCCGAGUGUGCAGGAGUUCAGUGGAGAUUUGCAGAACACCAUUGUUGUGUCCGUUACCACCACAGUAAGCCCUGGCCCUCCCAGAUCUACAGGUGAUUCUUCUCCGGUGAGCAUUAGCAAGGCGGCAGACUCAACAACUACAACGACAGUGGUGGCACCAGCUCCCAACAGAGUAGUGAAGACCACCCUCCCAGUAAGCAGUCUUUCUGCAAAUCCUUUGGACAGUGGUUGGACCCUUUCUUGUUCUUUGCCUUCUUCAAGUGUUAGUGCUUCAGAUUUGAAAAACAUCAAUAGCCUUACCCGAAUCUCUUCGGCUGGAAACACACAGACAACAUGGACUACUUUGCAAAUGGCUGGAAACACUAUUCAGCCUUUAAGCCAGACACCGUCUUCUGCUGUGACUCCAGUAUUAAAUGAGUCUGACACCAACCCUACCCCAAGCAUCACUUUAAAUAAUUCCCUUCCAGCAGAUGGGCCGCCAAUUGAGCAAGUAGUGGUCACUUUGCCUUCGUGUCCACCCUUACCUAUGCAGCCACCAAUUGCCCAGCCACAAGUUAAAUCUCAGCCUCCAAAAAAUAUCCUUCCCUUGAAUUCAACAAUGCAAGUGAUUCAGAUGGCUCAGCCAGUCGGGUCAGCUGUCACUGCGGCUCCAGGUAACCAAAAUGUCAUUAUUCUUCAGCCACCCAGCACAACCCCAUGCCCAACAGUGAUGAGGGCAGAGAUUCCUAACCAAACAGUAGGCCAACAGAUUGUCAUCAUACAGGCAGCCAAUCAGAACCCAUUGCCACUCCUCUCUGCUCCCCAUCCUGGUCCUGUUCGACUUCCUGUUAAUGGAGCCAGUGCUAUAAUAGGGUCUCAUAAUAAUGUGCCAGCCCCACAGACUUUUGGAGGAAAGCAUCUUGUCCACAUAUUACCAAGACCUUCAUCUUUAUCCACAUCUAACUCAACCCAAACUUUUUCUGUUACCAUGUCAAACCAACAGCAGCCUCAAACCAUUUCUUUAAAUGGGCAGCUCUUUGCUUUGCAACCUGUCAUGUCUUCAUCAGGAACUACAAAUCAAAGCCCUAUGCAAAUUAUUCAACCUACCACCAGCGAAGAUCCAAAUACCAAUGUUGCCCUGAACACAUUUGGGGCUUUGGCCAGCCUCAAUCAAAGCAUAUCACAGAUGGCUGGGCAAAGCUGUGUACAGUUGUCUAUCAGCCAGUCUGCUAAUCCUCAGACUUCUGCAAACAGUCAGCCCAGCCCAGCUAACUGUGUGUCACUAACCACUGUAGCACCUACCAUGACAACAGAUAAUUCAGCCACACUACCCAGUACGUACAGUCUUGCAACAGCUUCCUCAGCAAACACUGUCACUUGUUUGCCCUCUACCAUGAAAUCAAAAAGACCGAACAAGAAGCCAGGUGCCAAGAAACACUUAGCAGCUAACAAGCCAGCAUGUGCCCUGAAUUCAGUCAGAGAUGUGGGCAAGCUAGAUGGUCCUAGAACAGACAGCUCAGCAGAGCCAUCAUGUAGUGAUGGACUGCUGAACAGCCUCCCUGGUGGCCUCCCAUCUGUUGCUGUGUCCCAGGCAAAGAGUGUUAAUAUUUCUGCUUCACAUUCUUUGGACAUUCUGAAUUCUGAAUCAGUAAUCCCUGAGUCUGUGUCCAAACCUAAGUCAGCAGGGGACUGUAGCUCAUCCUCCCAGGAAUCGGAAACAAAUGAACAGUUUGCAGUGACCCCAGCAAAAUCCAAAGAUUCUCCUCCCAUCUUGCAAGAGACAUCUCAGGGCACACCACCAACUACUGUAGCCUUGUCCAGAGCUACAAACUCCUGUACUUCAACCAAUGUGUUGAGUCCAUCUCCUAUCGAAUCCCAGAUUUUGGUUUCUCAGGUUUCUGGUAUGUCAUCCACUACAAGCACUUCAAGUGCUGACUGUAUUUCUGAAGUAGAAAUUGUGGCAGAACCUUGCCCCAUUCAGCAGGAUUCACUGGACACCAUGCAAGCAGCAGGGCCUUUAAAGGGGCAAGGUCUAACAAUGCUGCUAUCCGAUCUUACUAAAGAAAAAGACCUUCAGAAACCAUCUCUUUCUGUUCAGAUGGAUCAUCCGGAUUUUUCUCCAGAUAAUUCUAAGAUAGGUGAUUCUAAUGUUGGUCUGCAUCCCAAGCAGGAACUGUUACUGAUAAACGAUGACAGAGAUCCUCCACAGCACCACUCCUGUCUUCCAGAUCAAGAGGUUAUUAAUGGCUCUUUGCUCACCGGUAGGCAAGCUGACUCUCCUAUGUCGACCAGCUCUGGCAGCAGUCGUAGUUUCUCGGUUGCAUCUAUGCUUCCCGAAACAGCUCGCGAAGACGUGACCAGCAGUACAACAGCUAACACAUGUGACAGCUGUACCUUUGCAGAGCAAACCGAUAUCGUAGCCCUGGCAGCAAGAGCUAUUUUGGACCAGGAGAACAUUGAGAAGGGAAGGGUUGGCACACAGACUGAGAUGAGGGAGGUUACUUCCAAGUCUUCUGAAACCUCUUUAGAAGGAGAGCAGCCUUUUAAAACACAGAUCCGUAAGGAGCCUUGCACGGGACCGGCAGAUGCAACACCAAAUGAAUUUAACUCUCAGGAUUCAGUGGAAGUCACAGUCAAUAGGCCUCUCGAAAAAUCGAGCUGUUCUCUGGGAAUUAAAUCAUCAAAUGCCUCCUUGCAGGUGCCGGCCUCUCAGCCGCCAAGUUUGACCAGUUUAAGUGUGAAUAAUCUUGUCCAUCAGAGCAGCGUCAGCCAUCCUCUGGUCAGCUGCACGGGGUUAUCGCAGACUUCCGAGCAAACAUCUAUUCCUGUAACUGUUAGUAUGCCUGUUGUAUCCAGCUCUUACAGCAGCCAGCCUCCUGCACCACCUCUGAUGACAGACCAUCCCCAGGAGCAGCUGAACAGCAUGAGUAGUGCCGUACCAAAUCCACAGGCUCAAGACCCCCACUCGAAGCUGAGUCAGGAGAGCCGGAAAGAUUCUGCAAAGCGUGCUGUACAAGAUGAUCUUCUACUGUCUUCAGCCAAACGGCAAAAGCACUGUCAGCCAGCCCCUCUGAGGCUUGAAAGUAUGCCCCUGAUGAGCCGGACUCCAGACAGCAUUCCUGAUCAAACCCAAAUGAUGGGGAGUCAGAUCCCUACCAACUCUUCAAACUCAGUUGUUUCUGCUAGCAACCCAGCUCAUGGAGACGGCCUUACACGGCUUUUCCCUCCUGGUAACAACUUUGUGGCGCCUGCAUUGAGACAGACUGAAGUUCAGUGUGGUUCUCAGCCUCCAGUUGCUGAGCAACAGCAACAAACUCAGGCAAGUCAACAUCUGCAGGCCCUGCAGCAGCAUGUACCAGCUCAAGCAGUGUCUCACCUUCACACCAACCAUCUCUACAUCAAGCAGCAGCAGCAGCAGCAAGCAGGGCAGUUAAGAGAGAGGCAUCACUUAUAUCAGCUGCAGCAUCAUGUGCCUCAUGCAGACAGUGCUGUCCACUCCCAGCCCCAUAUUGUGCACCAGCAGAGAACUCUACAACAGGAAGUUCAGAUGCAGAAGAAGAGAAAUCUAGUUCAGGGCACUCCUGCCUCUCAGCUGUCCUUACAACCAAAACACCAUGGGACUGACCAGUCAAGACCCAAGAGUAGUCAGCCACAUCCUCACCAUCCACAGAUGCAACAACAGAUGCAGCAACACUUUGCAAGUUCCCAGCCAGAGAAGAGCUGUGAAAACUCUUCAACUGGCCGGGGCCACCAUAACCAUGCCCAGAACCACAUCAGUCAAGAGAUUCUGCACCAGCAACAGGAUGUUGGAAGCAGACAGCAGGGUUCAGCAGUUUCUUCUGACCAUGUAUCCGGUCAUAAUCCAAUGCAGAGGCUUUUGCCGCCAAGAGGCUUAGAGCAGCAAAUGGUGUCCCAACCCAGUAUUGUGACCAGGUCUUCAGACAUGACCUGUGCUCCACACAGGCCAGAGAGAAACCGAGUGUCCAGUUACUCUGCUGAGGCUCUCAUUGGAAAGUCAUCUUCAACUUCGGAACAGAGAAUGGGUAUGUCGAUUCAGGGUUCAAGGGUUUCAGAUCAGCUUGAAAUGAGAAGUUAUAUUGAUGUUCCCAGAAAUAAAAGCUUGGCACUUCAUAAUAUGCAGGGUCGCAUGGACCAUGCUGUCCCUCUUCCUGAUUGUCAGACAUUCAAACCAGCAGGAGCCAGCCAACAGCCCCAGAGUAAUUUUGAAGUACAAUCUUCAAGAAAUAAUGAAAUAGGUAACCCUGUGCCGUCACUGAGAAGUAUGCAGUCACAGGCUUUUCGAAUUAGUCAGAACACUGGCCCACCACCAAUCGACCGACAAAAGAGGUUAUCUUAUCCACCAGUUCAAAGCGUCCCAGCAGGAAAUGCUGUACCACCAAGGGACAGUGAGAACACAUGUCACCAGAGUUUCAUGCAGAAUUUACUUGCUCCUCACCUUGGUGACCAGGUCAUUGGGAGCCAAAGGUCACUCUCAGAACAUCCAAGGAAUGCACAAUGUGGUCCAUCUUCAACAAUUGAAUAUAAUUGUCCCCCAACUCGUGAAAGUGUUCAUAUUAGAAGAGAGAGUGAAGGUCAGAAUAGGGAGAGUUGUGACAUGUCUUUAGGUGCAAUUAACACCAGGAACAGCACUUUGAAUAUUCCUUUUUCAAGUUCCUCUUCCUCAGGAGAUAUUCAAGGUCGAAACACAAGUCCCAAUGUUUCUGUACAGAAGUCCAAUCCCAUGAGGAUUACUGACAGUCAUGGGACCAAGAGCCACAUGAACCCUCCUCCGGUCACAUCCAACAUGCAUGGGGUUGCAAGGCCAACUUUGCCACACCCGUCUGUAUCUCAUGGAAAUGCUGAACAAGGGCCUCCUGUACGUCAGGCUAACUCUUCAGUUGCCCAGAGGUCAAGACAUCCCCUGCAAGACAGCAGUGGUUCCAAAAUCCGCCAACCUGAAAGGAAUCGAUCUGGAAAUCAAAGGCACAGUAGUGUCUUUGACCCAAGUCUUCCUCACCUUCCUCUCCCUGCUGGCGGCAGCAUGAUUCUUGGACGUCAGCAACCUGCUGCAGAAAAGAGAGGGGGUAUUGUUCGUUUCAUGCCAGAGAGUCCACAAGUCCCUAACGAUAAUUCAGGUCCUGACCAGCAUACGCUGUCACAAAAUUUUGGUUUUCCUUUUAUUCCCGAGGGUGGCAUGAAUCCACCAAUAAAUGCGAAUACUUCCUUCAUUCCACAGGUUACCCAACCUAGUGCCACACGAACUCCAGCUCUCAUCCCAGUAGAUCCCCAAAACACUCUACCUUCCUUCUACCCGCCCUAUUCUCCUGCUCAUCCUACUCUGUCCAAUGACAUUUCAAUCCCUUAUUUUUCUAAUCAAAUGUUCUCCAAUCCUAGCACAGAGAAAGUAAACAGUGGAAGUUUAAACAACCGAUUUGGAUCCAUUUUAUCUCCUCCCAGACCCGUUGGCUUCGCUCAGCCAAGCUUUCCCCUUCUCCCUGAGAUGCCGCCAAUGCAUAUGGCCAACUCUCACCUAUCCAAUUUCAAUAUGACAUCAUUGUUUCCGGAAAUAGCAACAGCUCUUCCUGAUGGCUCAGCGAUGUCACCUUUGCUCACCAUAGCAAAUUCCUCUGCUUCUGACUCCUCCAAGCAGUCCUCAAACAGACCUGCUCACAACAUAAGCCAUAUCUUAGGUCAUGAUUGCAGCUCAGCUGUUUAAAUCCAGAGAGACUAAAUGCGAAGGUUCGGAUUGAGUUGACAGCUGUUCUUGUAUGUACACGUGUGCAUUGAGGGAGUUUGUGUGGGUAUGUGUCUUUGUUUUGGAUAACCAUUUUUCAGUUAGCUUCUGAUUACAAGGGAGCCAUGUCAGAGAAGAUGCAUACACCAGGGUUAUCAAAACAAUCACCUCUUAUUUUUGAGUGAUGUACUUUCUUUGAUCAUCUAAAUGAUUUACCUUUCCAAGUUUGACUUGUAAAUCUUUUAUUCCCUAAGUACUAACCAACAAGAUGUUGAAGAGAUCUUGGCACAUGCUGGAUGGUAGGAAGGAGCUGAGAUUCUAAAAUCAAUUGUUGAUAAGUUAUAAGAUAGAUAGUUGAGAUGGUUUGCAAAUCCAAAAGUAAAAGCAACUUGAAAAAACGUGAUUCAUCACUCGGUGAUGUCAAUACCUAACAAUUCUCAGCCACGGUAGGUGAUAAAUUGAUAGUGGGCUAAAUUCCCAUACAUAAAACCAAGCAGAUAAAAAAUAUAUGAAGUGUUUGACUCCUGAACUUGGUUACAGAGUCUUCUUUCUUAAUUAUAAUUUUAACGAACUACCUAAAUUUCAUGUCUUGUUCUUCAAAAUAGGGAGUCACAUUAUCCUUUAAUGUGCCAAGAUCAUGGAAAGUAAAAGUCUUCCUUAGACAAUGAGCCUUAAAAAUACAAAGCAAAGAUAAAAUACAGAAAUGUUUUUCACUUAGUACUUGGGUUUUGCAUUAGGCCAAAGAAUAACAGACAUUGUAUUGUGGCUUUUCCUAGGGUCACCUAGUGAUUAGUGCUUCAUCAGUUGAGUUGAUGUAGUAUUCUCUCUUCAUUCUAUUUAUUUGGUCUUGAAAUAAAUUAAUUUACAAUCAUUUAAAUAUUAGAACUGCUCAGUGAAUACUGUGUUUAGAAGACACAUUUGAGCCUUUUCAGAUACUUCUGAAUAGGGGUUUAAGCUGUCUCAGUAUUUUCAUUUACUGAUUAUUUAUAUUAAAUAUUGCAUUGUAAAUUGCAUUAUUGUUCUUCAUAACAAUUAUAAUAAGAAAAUGAAUUCAUUAUUUUUCUUGUAGGUAUGAAAUGGUGCUUCACAAAAACACAUUCUCUGUGUAUCUGAGUUCAUGAGUGUGAGUGCGUGUGAAAGCAGGUUCCCAAGUCUAGCUUGUCCUUGCUAUUGGAGAUGCAGAUCACAUUGUACAUGGUAAACAAAGUGAACAAAUUGGAAAAGACAGCAGGACUGCCAUCUGCAAAUGGGAAAUCGAGGCUUGCUCUAUAGUAGUGGUUCUCAACCUUCCUAACGCGACCCUUAAUACUGUGUUCCUCAUGCUGGGGUGACCCCCAACCAUAAAAUUAUUUUCAUUGCUACUUCCUAACUGUAACUUUGCUACUGUUGUGAAUCAUGAUGUAAACACCUGUUUUCCGAGAGUCUUAGGCGACUCCUGUGAAAGGCUAGUUGAGCCCCACAGGUUGAGAACCCCUGCUCUAAAGCAUGCUGUAGUUUUUUAAAGAUUAUUAUUAAUAUUAUUAUCCUCUCAUACAUUACAUCCCAACUGCAGUUUCCCUCCCUCCAUCUCCCCUCCACCUCUCUAUCCUCUAGAUCCACUUCUCCACUCCCCUUCCCAGGGAUAUCAACCAAACACUGCAUAACAAGUUACAAUAGAACUAUACAGAAACCCUAAUAUCAAGGUUGGACAAGGCACCUUGGUAGGAGGAAAAGGGUCCUGCUGUAGAUGUUUUUUUUUGUUGUUUUUUUUUUUGUUUGUUUUUGUUUUUGUUUUGUUUUUUUUUGUUUUUCGAGACAGGGUUUCUCUGUGGUUUUGGAGCCUGUCCUGGAACUAGCUCUUGUAGACCAGGCUGGUCUCGAACUCACAGAGAUCCGCCUGCCUCUGCCUCCCAAGUGCUGGGAUUAAAGGCGUGCGCCACCACUGCCCGGCCUCCUGUAGAUGUUUUUUAACACCACUGAAUUAGUAAUUAAUUUUAAAACAUAUAUUAAGUCUUGAGAACUUAAAACUAAGAAAAAAAACUUAUGUGCUGAAUUUUUUUUUAAACCAUUUAAAUUCUUAGCUCUCAGUUGUUGUUCCAUUCUGGUAAAAACUGAAUGCAGAGAGAAGGACAGGUGCAGAGCUGGGCCCGUCGGCUGAGUAGAAGCGAACCCAAGGACCACAGAGGGUUUGGGUUUUUUCCUUUGGUUUGUUUUCAUUUUGUACUAGUCUGGUCAGAGCCCUGGUCAGAGCAGUCGCCACUGAAUGCCUGUCUAAGGGCCCAGCAAAGGGCUUCUUGUGCCUUGUCAGUUUCUGUUGCCCGAAAAUCACCCUUCCUGGUGAACAGAGAAAACCAGUGUUUCCUCCCACAUAGUGUUCCUGGGGGAGAAGAGAAGUUCACAGUUGCAUUACUUAACUCAUGUACACCACAAUAGAAAGGUUGCUGAGGAAAAAGAAUCAUUUAUGAAUUGCUUUAAGCAUUAAUAUUCAGAGUGGUCUUUGUACUUGGAGGCCCAGUUUGCCAAGUUCAUUAAAGGUAGUGUUCUGUAUGGCCAUUCCCCCUCCCUCCCCCUUCUCUUAGUGGCCGUCUUUCACACAUGCAUCCUUACAUCAUGAUGGCUCUUGAGUUUGGAAGGGCAGGCUUGCGUUAUUGGAACCAAGGUUGCAUGCUGUGGAGAAACUCCAGUUUUGUGUUGUGUUUCUGAGACAGGGAUCUUGCUCUGUUGUCCAGACUGGCCCUGAAUUCCUGGGCUUAAGCAGAACUUCCACCUCAGCCUCCUAGGUAGUGGGACUCAAGGUGCACCCCACCACCCAGCAGAGAAGCUCCAUUUGUGACUGUGGCACUAAGUUCUAAGCCUGUUAAGACUUUGGGUUAUUUUUAUCUGGUUGUCUGCAGCUCAGCUCUGUCCUGAGAUAGCAUUGCAUUGUCGGGGUUUUCAUGCCAAGAAGAGUGCUGUGAGGUUGUCUGGAUCUCAGCCUUCUGUGAGAUGUAAAAGUCUGCAAAUAAUUGGGCUCCUGCUCACAUGUGGCCCUAAUUAAAUACAUAAUGCACUGUGUGUUAGAGAUCAUUUCAUGCAUGGACUCGGAUGAGAAAGAGUUUGCACUUGGUUUAAAAGUCUGGGUUCUUAUUAGUGUUAAUAAUUAAAGCUAAAUGAUUUGGGGAAGAAAUUUAAAUGGUUUCUGGUAAUAUCAAGAUAAAACUUUUGUUGAAGUAAUGGCAGAAAAUGCAGUCAAAUUUGGUUAUAAGUUUCAUGUUGUCCUAACCUUUUAACAUGACUAUGUAAAGCAUUUCCACAGAUAACUGUAAUUUCUGGAAGUACACAAGAUCAUGUCUGCCUCCUAAGUGAGUCAUUGAUUAGCUCAUUUUGUUCUGACUGUUGAUCAUACAGGAUCACUAAACAUGCUCUGUUCCUUUGGGCAUUCCAAAGUUAAGUUCUGAUGAAGUGAAGAGUUUUAGAUUUCUCUUUGUGUACUUCAAUGAAUUUGUUAAAUAUGUCAACUAUAGAUGAAAUAAAUCCAUUUUAAUGUUUUUAAUAGACACUGGGUUUUUAUAAGUCUUGUAUUUCUCCAGUUCUGUUUCUGUUUUCACUAGCACAGCUCUGAGACGGCAGCAGUCGCUCCCCGUCAGAGUGGAGGGCAGGAUUCCCAGUGGUGGCGGUGUGAUGUCAGAAGGCUGGGGGGUCUAAACUCCAGCCUUGGGAGUCCCCAGAUACUGGUCAGAGCUGCAAUGGAGGUUAGCUUUUUACGUCAGUCUGUUAGCAUUUUAAGGAAACUUCUUUUGCCUUGCUCUUGCCUUCUAAUGUUAGCCAUCUCAUGGAGAGGCUAAAACUUACACCCCAAAACCACCGUAGACAUACAUUUUAAUGGAAACAUUAAAAUGAGACUGUUACUGUGCUUCUGGUUUUCCCGUUCCUUCACACAGGUGUGUAGGCUCAAGCUCUCUUAGCUAUUCCACAUCGAGCAGAUGGCAGGCAGCCUGGCUUUGUCCACGAGACAGUUAUGCCUCCAUGUUGGAAUGUGAUUGGGCCCACCCUCUCUAUUAGACCAGUGUGUAGUAGUGGGUCCCCUAUGCCUCUUUCUUAAACAGCAACAGUUCCUCAAAAUGCCAUUAGUUUAAAGUUGGUAAACUUCUCCCCUGUGGUGGAAGGAAAGGUUAGAGGAGGAACCAAAAUAGAAUAGCUCUGAGCCUGUAUCUCAAUGCCUGAAAGGCACUCCAGGUCUGUCGUCUAGGACUAGCUGGAAGAAGUGUGCCUUUGGCUGUUCUAUCUGGAGGGCGACCAUUAGCCAAUGACCAGAGAAACUAGUAUGGACUUAAUGUCUGAGUGGUUGUUUUGCAAUGUGUAUAUGCAAAUUAAUUUUUUCUAAAGAUGCCUUUCAGGCUGAAUGUCAGCAUUUUGUUUUCUUUCCCAAAGUUCUACCAAAAAGCAAGGGUUUUGUUUGUUGGUUUGUUUUGUUUGCUUGCUUGUUUUUUGCUUGACUAUACUCAGUAUUCUGCUCGUGCCGUACUGAAUUCUACUAUAGUAAAAUCUUAGUUCUUAGUAGCUCCGUGGGGCUCACAGUGCUCAGAUGGAGACAGUCCAUGUGGGCUGGGAAAACACUGAGGACCUUGGGCUCAGAGUUUCUGGUUCUGACCCCACACGUCUGCCCUGGCACUGCCCUUUUCCUGAAACUGUGCCUCUGAUUCCUGAGACCAGAUCCCAGAACAUGUCACCCAGCCGGCCCUGUGCUGCAGCGAAGGAGCUACAGGGAUGGCACAUGCUGUGUGACCAAACACCUAGAUAAUCAGUACAGCCGGUGCUUCUCGCUCUUGCCUUACCGCCUCUGAGCCAUUGUUGACAAAGUAGCUAGCAAGUUGUGUUGCUGAACCUGUACCUGAGCUUGUGAGGCAGGCCGUCCUUCCACAUCCUCAUUUCCACGUUGGCAUAAACUCUACCCGGUAAUUGUUUUUGUGGGGAGGGGGUCACACGUGUGUCGACAGGUGCAUCAUAAACAUAGCUCAGCUUAGGCUGAGAAUGCCGGGCAUGAUCUGCAAGCUGUUCUGGAUGAAUGCACAAUCUGUCAUUAAAGUUCAUGAACAUAGACAAAACCUCUCUUGUAGCACGUUUUUAAACAAAAAAUCUUUAACCUUUUGGCCCAGUUGUGUGUACAGCUGUCCAUGCAGUUUGUAAUAGGAAACUAAAGUUGACCCAUUUAAUUUUGUCUUUACUCUUUCUGAGACCUCUCUUCCCCCCUGUUCCUGAAGUCUUAAAGUCGUUUCCAUCUGUAAGGUCACUGGGCACAGGGCUUGAUGAUAGUGGUAAAUUUUCAGGCUGUUGAACUUCUGAGAAGGGACCAGACAGUGUUGCUUAAGAUGCUGCAGUUGUGUUAAUGUGAAGGAAACAUCAUCCACUUUCAGCAGGUUGUGUGUGUGUGCGUGCGUGCGUGCGUGUGCAUGUGUGUGUGUUCAUUUUGGUUUUUUUAAAAAGGUUGAAAAUUGAGGAGAACAUGAUUACUUUCGCAGAUUAUUUAUAGAUACACUGGUUGUGAUGCUUACUGUCAGCAAGCACCAGGAAAACACAAGUUUUAGUUCUCCAGUAGUGUAGUCUGUGUGCCUGGGCCCGGCCAGCAGUCUCCAGUGGUGUAGUCUGUGUGCCUGUGCCCGGCCAGCAGUCUGUCUUCUGUGCACUGUGUCCUAUGACUGUAAAGCACUUGGUUUAUAAUUCUGAUGGAAACUAAUUUGUUUUGUAAUGGAAUACAGAGCAGAUAUGUAUAAUAGGAUCAGGAUUGUCCUACAGUUGUAAAUAAGAAUAGGUCCUGUUUAUUUUGACAUCUUUUUACAAAUGCAUUGUAUUAGGAUGUGAAUAUUCCAAAACAUGCUCUUGUUUAAAGUUUUGAAAUUUUUAUUGUUAAAUGUAACAUUUUAAUGGUUGUAAUAAUUAUUUGUAUGGAU